UUUCCCAACAAUCACUAUUCCCAAUGUGUGCACACCAAAAUCGGCAAAACGAAAGUCUAUUAAUUUCACACUCUGUCCAAACUAAACAAAACAAAAACCAUCUUGUUUUUCUGAUUGAUCAACAAACAAAGAAAAAAAAAAAACAAGAAAUUAAGGAAAGAAAAGGAAUGGAGAAAACAUCAUCAAAAAUGAUAGGAAGAAGAUUUGAAGGGAAAGUAGCAAUAGUAACAGCAUCAACACAAGGCAUAGGUUUUGCUAUUGCUCUUCGUCUUGGCUUAGAAGGUGCUUCUGUUGUCAUCUCUUCUCGCAGACAGAGAAAUGUUGACGAGGCAGUUAAAAAGCUCCAAGAACAAGGAAUUGAAGUCUUGGGGUUGGUAUGUCAUGUUUCUAAUGCACAACAGAGGAAGAAUCUUAUUGACCAGACAAUUCAAAAAUAUGGAAAAAUUGAUGUAGUUGUCUCAAAUGCUGCUGCUAAUCCCUCAGUUGAUGCCAUUCUCGAAACUAAGGAAUCAGCCCUUGACAAGCUUUGGGAAAUUAAUGUUAAAACCUCUAUACUGCUUCUUCAGGAUGCAUCCCCUCACUUGUCGAAAGGUUCAUCCAUUGUUUUCAUUUCCUCCAUCAGUGCUUUCCAGCCGCCAUCUGGCUUGGCUAUGUACGGUGUCACAAAAACGGCUCUUCUUGGUCUUACAAAGGCUCUUGCAAAUGAGUUGGCCCCACAUACUCGUGUCAACUGUGUUGCUCCAGGGUUCGUACCUACACACUUUGCUGAAUUCAUUACCACCAAUGCAGCCAUGAAAAAGGCCAUUGAAGAUCAGACACCACUAAAGAGGCUUGGAACGACAGAAGACAUGGCUGCAGCCACUGCUUUCUUGGCUUCUGAUGACGCGUCAUAUAUAACAGGCGAGACUAUCGUAGUUGCUGGAGGAGCGCCAUCUAGGCUAUAAAUUCCUUAAUCUUCCUGGUGUGCAGUUUACAAUUCGAGAAUCCUAUGAUUAUAAUCUUUAUGAAUAUUGGCGACUUCAAAGUUUGGAAAAUAAGCUUACGUGUAGUCAAUGGGAUGUUAAUCUAUAUACUGAUUUUAUAUUAAUAAUUCAUUUCUGCUA